GCUUCCCCGGCAACGGUCACCGUCUUCUUCCCUGCCCCCCAAAGGGUCCACGACGCCCGGGUGAUCCAAAACCUCGCCCCAUCCCGAUCUACUCCCCCGCCUCUCCCGUGUACCGCGGUCGACCUCUCCCCAAUGGCGAGCGCCGCCUCCUCUUCCUCCUCGCAGUCAGUGCGUGUCGUGCUGCGGGUGCGUCCGCUUCUCCCGUCGGAGGCCAGCUCGGCGGCGGCCCCCUGCGUCUCCCUCAUCGGCCGCCACCCCGGCGGCGAGGUCACUAUCCAGCUCAAGGAUCAGCACACCAGCCGGAACGAGUGCUACAAGGUGGACGCCUACUUCGGCCAAGAGGAAAGGGUUUCCGACGUAUUUGACCAGGAGCUCAGCGCCGUGAUCCCGGGCAUCUUUGAGGGCACCAACGCGACCGUGUUUGCCUAUGGGGCAACCGGCAGCGGCAAGACCUACACGAUGCAGGGCAGCGAGGAUGUGCCGGGGCUCAUCCCUUUGUCGGUUGCGACCAUCCUGGCGCGCUGCACCGGCACGUGGUGCUCCGUGGAGAUCUCCUAUUACGAGGUGUACCUCGAACGGUGCUAUGACUUGCUCGAGCCCAAGGCAAAGGAGAUCAUGGCUUUCGACGACAAACUUGGCAACCUACAGCUCAAGGGCUUGGCUUGGGUCCCUGUGCGAUCAAUGGAGGAAUUUCAGGAGGUCUACUCGAUAGGUGUGCAGAGGAGAAAAGCCGCCCACAUAGGCCUGAAUGAUGUCUCAAGUAGGAGCCAUGCUGUGCUCUCUAUCAGGAUCAGUAAUGAUACUGUCAAAGGGAAGCUUAACCUCAUCGACUUGGCUGGAAAUGAGGACAAUAGAAAGACUUGCAAUGAAGGGAUCCGCCUUCAAGAAAGCUCUAAGAUCAAUUCUUCACUGUUUGCAUUAUCUAAUGUCAUUUCAGCUCUCAAGAAGAAUGAGCCUCGGGUACCUUAUAGAGAGAGUAAAUUGACCCGCAUACUGCAAGAUUCUCUAGGAGGCAACAGCCGUGCUGUGAUGAUAGCUUGCCUGAAUCCCGUGGAAUACCAGGAGGCAGUCCACACAAUAAGUAUGGCUGCUCGUUCAGGCCAUAUGGUGACCAACACGCCUUCGACAAGCAAGGAACAGACUCCAAAAGUAAAGCUGGACAUGGAAGCGAAGUUGCAAUUGUGGCUGGAAUCAAAGGGAAAAACCAAGAGUGUCCAAAGGAGGAAUGGACUUCUGUCCCCAACUGUAUGGAAGACUCCUUCUUCCAUGAGCCAUAUGAAGCAACCACUAUCUGCCCGGGUGUCGGGUAGAGCUAAAGCAAUGGACCAAGACGGUGCUAAAAUAAAGAAGGUGCUUUUUGAUUCAGAAGUCCAUACUACUGCUGAAAACACACCAAGACCGAGCUCACGAGGUGAAGUAAAGACAACUAAGAAAGAGGUACCCCCGUCGUUAACUCCUUGCAAAGAGGACAAGUCUGAAUCUCCUCUUAGGAAAGCUCUUUCUCCCAUUCCUUCAAACAUGAUGACUCCCUGUAAUGUCAAUUGCCCUCCUUCAUUGGAGCUGAAAACUCCAAUAGGAGCACAUCAUAUAGUUCAGAAGAACCCAGAUGGUACACCUCUUGAUAAGUUUAAUGCACUGGGAUCUAACCUAAAGGAAUCUCUUAUUCAACAGUAUCUUGAGUUCUUAAAUGUUGCGAACAAGGAAGAGCUACAGCAACUGAAAGGAAUUGGUGAAAAGAGAGCAGACUACAUUCUCGAGCUCCGGGAGGAUUCACCCAGACCAUUCCGAUCUCUUUCGGACUUGGGAAACAUAGGUCUAUCAACGAAACAAAUCCAGGAUAUCCUACGCAAAACAGCCACCGGAAUCUUCAAAUGAUCACUAGAAUGGACUGCUACCUGUAAUCUACCACCUUGGAGAUGCUGGGUCAUAUUGGUUCACCAUCCGUGUCACCAACGUAUGGUGUUGUACUUGUGCUGUUAACUGUCAGCAUGUUGUUGACAUAAUUGCAGUUUUACUCUCAAUUCAACAGCAGGCCUGUUGCUGUUGCUGUUGCUACUAAACCUAGAGCAAUGGGUCUUGUUGCAAUUUUUCUCUUGUAACUUAUCUUGCUGAGGUGAUGCAAAUUUUCUCUGGAAUCUUCCAUAUUGAAUGGUUUGUCUUCCUGAUGUAAUUCAAAUUUUAUAUGGAAUCUUGUGUAUUGAA